UCCCUUCCCCCUUCAUUUAGCUUAGACCGAGCUCCCUUCGUGCACCGCGCGCUGCUGAGGCGCAGGUCAACCAGAAUCCACAUGUCUGGGACUGAGGAAGCAAUUCUUGGAGGAGGUGACAGCCAUCCCUCUUCUGCUGGUGGCAACUCCGUAUUAUGCUUUGGACAGUACCAGUACACAGCAGAGGAGUACCAGGCCAUCCAGAGUGCUCUGAGGCAGAGGCUGGGCCCAGAAUACAUAAGUAGCCGCAUGGCUGGGGGAGGCCAGAAGGUGUGUUACAUCGAAGGCCACAGGGUAAUUAAUUUGGCCAAUGAGAUGUUUGGUUACAAUGGCUGGGCACACUCUAUCACACAGCAGAAUGUGGAUUUUGUUGACUUUAACAACGGGAAGUUCUACGUGGGAGUCUGUGCGUUUGUGCGAGUCCAGUUGAAGGAUGGUUCAUAUCAUGAAGAUGUGGGCUAUGGUGUUAGUGAGGGCCUCAAGUCAAAAGCCUUGUCUUUGGAGAAGGCAAGGAAGGAGGCAGUGACAGAUGGGCUGAAGCGAGCACUAAGAAGCUUUGGGAAUGCACUUGGAAAUUGUAUUCUGGACAAAGACUAUCUGAGGUCACUGAAUAAACUUCCACGCCAGUUGCCUCUAGAAGUGGAUUUAACUAAAGCAAAGAGACAAGAUUUUGAACCAUUUGUGGAACAAGCGAGAUACAGCAGCUGCCGACAGAACAUGGCUCUGGGGCCCACAAAACCACAGGAGGCAACCUCUCCUUGCAGACCAAGCCACUCAGAUGAUCCCCACAUCAUGAUGCAGGGGGAUAAGGACAGCAGAUCCAGAAGCCUGGCGCCCUCUGCUGCGGAGAGUGAUGCCACUUUGCAGCGGAAGCUCCGGCAAAAACAGCUGCAGCAGCAGUUCCGGGAGCAAAUGGAGAAACAGCAGCGAGUUCAGCUAUCUGCCCCAUCCAUUGAAAAGAAGAAUCCAGCAGAGCCACUGGUGCCACCUUUGAAACACAGCACUCCCAAAGCUGAUGGUGCAGAACCAAUCACCGAGAAAGACUUCCCUGCAGACAGUUUUGAAAUAUGGGAUAUGGUUCCCGAUGCAGGGGACGGUGCUGUCAAGCCCUUGUCUAUACCAGAGUCACACCAGACUGCUGCCACACCAGUCCUGAAGAACCAGAUGGUGACCCGGAGCAGGACCCCACAAAGCCUUUGCCACCAGAAUCCACAAGCAAAAUCGCACCUCCAAACUCCCAGCGUUAACCAAUACAUAAUAGGAAACUGUGAUUCCUACAGGAAGAACCAGGAGUUGAAGAAAAGGAAAUUGGAUCCAUCUUAACAGAGGCUCAGGUCACCUCACCAGACU